GGCUUUUGUCUUAUUCUGGCGGGUCAGACCGGAAGUGUCACGGCGCCGCGGUGUCACCUUGACUUUGGUCGUAUUUCAUUGGGAGUGAAGACGCUCCGUCUGGAAGGAAGAGUCCGUGGAGGCUGGAGGACAUGCGGCGUCCUCUGCAAACCUUACACUAAAAAACCAAACUUUUCCGAGAGCUGCAGAAAAGACCGAGAGGCUGAAGAAUGGACUGAAGAGUAGCGCUGAGGAAGAGGAAGAGGAAGAGGAGGAGGAGGAGGGAGAAGAACAGCCGCUCACUCCAAUCGAUCCAAUAUCGAGUAAAGAUGCAGGCGGCCGCUGCUGCACUCGCCGUGCUGAGCGUCCUCCUCGGCCUGGACGGCCUGCAGGCUCACCGGGCAGAACCCAACCAGAACCACACCGAGCCCAAGAAGAAGAAGAACCAGCCGCACAUCAUCUUCAUCCUCACGGACGACCAGGGCUUCAACGACAUCGGCUACCACAACCCCACCCUCAAGACCCCCACCCUGGACAAGCUGGCGGCGGAAGGCGUGACGCUGGAGAACUACUACGUCCAGCCCAUCUGCACGCCGUCCCGCAGCCAGCUGAUCACCGGCAGGUAUCAGAUCCACACGGGCCUCCAGCACUCCAUCAUCAGGCCGAGUCAGCCCAGCUGCCUGCCGCCUCACAUGGACACGCUGCCCGAGAGGCUCCGCCAGGCCGGCUACGCCACCCACAUGGUGGGCAAGUGGCACCUGGGCUUCUACAGGAAGGCGUGCCUGCCCACCAGAAAGGGAUUUGACAGUUUCUUCGGAUCUUUAACAGGAAGUGUGGACUACUACAGCUACGGGUCCUGUGACGGCCCCGGGUUGUGCGGUUACGAUCUCCAUGACGACGAGGGCGUGGCCUGGGGCCAGGAGGGAAAGUACUCCACCACGCUCUUCACCCAGAGAGCUCGCAAGAUCCUGGAGAGCCACGACCCGGCGGACCGGCCGCUCUUCCUGCUGCUCUCUCUGCAGGCCGUCCACACUCCUCUGCAGAGCCCCAAGUCCUACAUCUACCCCUACCGGGACAUGGCCAACGUCGCCAGGAGGAAGUUCGCCGCCAUGGUGUCCACGGUGGACGAGGCGGUCCGGAACGUCACCUACGCCCUGAGGAAGCACGGCUACUACCGCAACAGCGUCAUCAUCUACUCCACCGACAACGGCGCCCAGCCCUUCACGGGGGGGAGCAACUGGCCGCUGCGAGGCCGGAAGGGCACCUACUGGGAGGGGGGGGUCCGUGGAGUGGCGUUCGUCCACAGCCCCCUGCUGAGGCGCCGCAGACGGGUCUCCAAAGCUCUGCUGCACAUCACCGACUGGUUCCCCACGCUGGUGGCUCUGGCCGGGGGAAACGCCAGCGAGAGCCGCGGCCUGGACGGGUUUGAUGUCUGGUCCACCAUCAGCGAGGGGCGGGAGUCGCCUCGCCAGGAGAUCCUUCACAACAUCGACCCGCUGCACAAACCCCCCGCCGGGACCACCAAGUGGGGCGCCACGGCAUCGGGCCCAAAGAAGCCAAAGAAGAAGAAGAUCCAGAAGAAGAAGAUCCAGAAGAAGAAGAUCCAGAAGAAGAAGAUCCAGAAGAAGAAGAUCCACAAGCUGAAACCAAAGCAGAAGUCAGCGUUCAGGUUGAAGAGCACCAAGAAACCUCAGACGUUUUCCCAGCUUAAAGCCACUAAGCCCCUCCCCCAGUCUAAACCCAAACCCAAGACCAGAGCCCAGGCUCGGAACCAGAGACCUUCACAUCACAGCCCGCGGCCCAAGUCCUACUCCAGCGGCGCUCCGCCCCGCCCUCCAUCUCAGAUCCAAUCACGUCCCAGGUCCAAGUCCAGGCGGAACGCGUCUCAGAACCAGGACCGCCCGCAGUCCGGAUCCAAAGCGCAGCUCGGACCUCAUCCGGGGCCCCGGAACGGGUCGCGUCCGGCCGCCGGGUCGCCCCCGCCCCCGUGGGACGCCUCGGUCCAGGCCGCCAUCCGGGUGGGAGACUGGAAGCUGCUGACAGGAGACCCGGGUCACGGAGACUGGGUCCCCCCGCAGAUGCUGCCCACCCUGCCCGGUCGCUGGUGGAACCUGGAGCGCUCCGUCUCGCCGCCCCCUGAGGCCCCCCCCCUCCAGAACGUGUGGCUCUUCAACAUCACGGCGGACCCGUGCGAGCGGCGGGACCUGGCGGCCCAGAGGCCCGACGUGGUCCGCAGGCUGAUGGCCCGGCUCGCCCACUACAACCAGUCGGCCGUGCCGGUUUACUUCCCGCCCGACGACCCGCGGGCCGACCCGGCCCGGCACGCCGGCGCCUGGGUGCCCUGGGUGGAGGAGGAGGAGGGGGAGGGGGAGGGGGGCAGGUACCACGGAGUGUACAAGAAGGGCCGGGGGGGCAAGAAGAAGAGGAAGAACCCGCGGUGCCCGCUGUGCAAGCUCCGGUCCUUCUUCCUGAAGCUCAACACCGGCAUGAUGUCCAACCGGAUCUGAGCGCCGGAACCGCCUGGCGGGUCAGUCCACUCCGAUCCGGAGGCCCUUUCUGGAUUCACCAAUAGUUUAACUGGUUUUAAACCGUCGUCCAUCACAGAAUCCGACAGAGUUCUUCACAGGAGAACCGCCUGAGACGGGUUUUUACUCCGUACUUGAAUCUGCAGAUUCUUCUUUUCACAGUGAAACUGCAUGAUGUGAUAAUUAUGUCUAUAAUCCUGUAUUUAAUGGUCUUGGUCAUAAUAAUAAUAAUAAUGUUUUUAAUACAUUCACAUUUGUUGAUUUAUUUUUGUUGAAUUUAGAGCGUUUUUAUUCUACUGUGAACAGCAGAACCCGUCUCAUUGGGUAAUACGGACCUCACUAGACGUUAUCAAAAUGCAGUAUUUUAUUUCCUUUUUUUUAAAUAAAGCUAUUCAGGGGAAAUGUUUAUCAUUUCCAAUGGUUCAUUAAAUGACACCAUAUCAAGCUGUG